CGGCAUCGAUCAAUAUCAGAGUUAUUUCUUAAAUUUUCCUCUAGCUUUUUCAUUUCAAUCUUGCUACAGUUAAGGUUCCUACUCUGAGUCAAUUCCGAAGGAGAUGGCGUCAACCUCUUCUCGUCGUCAAUGGAAAUACGAUGUGUUUCUAAGUUUCAGGGGGGAAGAUACCCGCUACAAUUUUACCGGUCAUCUGUAUUCUGCACUAAAUCGGAAAGGAAUUCUCACCUUUCGGGAUGACGCAGUGCUUGAGAAAGGAAAAUCCAUUGGACCUGAACUUUUGGCGGCAAUUGAGGAGUCUAGAUCUGCGAUUGUCAUUAUCUCGGAGAACUAUGCUUCUUCGUCAUGGUGCUUGGAUGAACUCGUCAAGAUUAUUCAAUGCAUGAAUGAGCUGGGCCAACAAGUCUUCCCCGUCUUCUACGGCGUGGAUCCUUCUGCUGUGCGGCACCAAAGGGGGAAUUUUGAGCUCAAAUGGGAACACCAAGUAGAAGUGGAAGUAAGGGAACAUGAAGAAGUUUAUGGGAAGAAUGAGGACAGACUAUAUGCGUGGAGAGCUGCUCUGACAGAGGUGGCCAAUCUUUCUGGCUGGGUUUUAAAAAAUUUUCGAUAUGAUCCAAAUAUAAUUGAGGAAAUUGUUAAUCAUAUGCAAAAGAAGUCCGUGUAUACAUCUUCAAGUGUUGACAAGGGCUUCAUAGGAAUGGAUUCCCGCGUUGGUGAUUUAUUAAGCAAUUACAUAUGUCCGCAGCUUGGUGGGGAGGUGCGUUUUAUAGGGAUCCAUGGCAUGCGGGGCAUAGGUAAGACAACACUUGCUCUAGCUAUCCAUGAUGAAAUUUGUCAGGAUUUUGACCGAACCUGCUUUCUUUCCAAUGUUAGAGAAAUGUCUAAAAACAAUGGCCUAGUUUCUCAACAAGAAAAACUUCUUUCCAAAAUCCUGAUGGCAAAAGUUGAAAAUAUAGAGGAGGAAUACACAGGAGCUGCUAUGAUAGAAAGGCGGUUGUGUAGAAUAAAGGUGCUUGUUGUUAUUGAUGAUGUGGAUCAGUUGACUCAAUUAGAAAAAUUGGCUGGAAGUCGCAACUGGUUUGGUCCAGGGAGUAGAAUUAUCAUAACCACCACAGAUGUUCAGUUGUUAAACGCACAUGAUGUUGAUGCUACAUACAAGGCUAACGGGUUAAACUGUGAUGAAGCGCUUCAACUUUUGAGUUUGAAGGCUUUUAAGAAAUGUCCCCCACCAGAAGAUUAUUUGCAUCUGUGCUACCAUAUUAUAGGGUAUGCUAAGGGGCUUCCGUUGGCUCUCGUGGUUUUAGGUUCUUUUCUAUUUGGUAGAAGCGCUGAUGAAUGGGCAAGUGCAAUAGAUAGGCUAAAGAGCACACCAGAUAAACGCAUUAUUGAGGUGCUUCGGAUAAGUUUUGAUGGACUGGAUGAGAAAGACAGAGAAAUAUUCCUACAUAUUGCUUGCUUUUACAAGGGGAAGGAUAAGGAUCGUGUGACACAAAUACUAGACUAUUGCCAGCUAAACCCUGUCAUUGGUUUGAGUGUUCUUGCUGAUAGAUCUCUCAUAACUAUCUCCAACAACGAACUGUUGAUGCAUGAUUUGCUACAAGAAUUGGGAUGGGAAAUUGUUCGUGAACAGUCUCCUAAAGAGCCAGGCAAACGUAGUAGAUUAUGGUCUCAUGAAGACAUCAACAAUGUGCUGAAGAAAAAUAAGGGAACAGAUUCAAUCCAAGGCAUGGUAAUGGAGUUGACUAAAUUACAAGUGGCUCAUUGGAAGCCAGAAGCCUUUACAAAUUUGUCUCAACUUGGUCUUCUCCAUAUUCGUAAUGUGGACCUUCCCAAAGGCCUCACUUGUCUUUCUAGUUCCUUGAGACUCCUCGAAUGGACUGGGUAUCCCUUAAGAUCUCUCCCAAAAAAAUUUGAAGCAGAUGAACUUAUUGAACUUAACUUGUGCCACAGCAACAUUAAACAGCUUUGGAAGGGAACAAAGAAUUUUGACAAGUUGAAGUUCAUCAAACUCUGCCAUUCUCAAAACAUGGUGGAGACCCCAGACCUCGCAGGUGUUCAGAAUCUUGAGACUUUAGAUCUUGAAGGAUGUUCUCGUUUGGUAAGAGUCCAUCAAUCCCUUGGAUUUCUCAAAAAGCUUAUUGUCCUGAAUCUUAAAGACUGCAAAAGUCUCAAGAGUCUGCCAAGUAGAAUUGAAAUGGAAUCUCUUGAAACAUUAAUUCUUUCUAACUGCUCAAAAGUUGAGAAGAUUCCUGAGUUUGUUGGAAAUAUGGAACGUUUGUUGGUGCUUUGUCUUGAUGAGACUGCCAUUGAGGAACUGCCUGUUUCAAUUGAACGGCUGACUGGCCUUGUGACAUUGAAUCUAAGCAACUGCAGAAAUCUUGUUUGUCUUCCAAGCACCAUCAAUAAAUUGAAGUCUGUUGAAAAUCUUAAUCUUUCUGGAUGCUUGAAACUCGGAAAACAUCAGGUAAAUGUGGGGGAGAUGGACUGUUUUGAGGAAACUGGUGUGAAUAGUGGGUCUGCAAUAGAAAUGUCAUCUACCCAUGAUCGCAGAAAAUAUGUGAGAGGUUCAAUCUUUCAUGGAUGCAAAGUAGUUUGUCGAUCUUUAAAUAAGCUCUUGCCUUCUGGAUUGGUGCAAAAAGUGAAUACAGAGCCAAAGAGUUUCCGCUUGCCUAUAUCACGAAAAGUGAAUACAGAGCCAACGAGUUUCCGCUUGCCUAUUUCUGGUCUGUGUAAUUUAACACAGCUGAACCUGAGUAAUUGCAAUCUUGGUGACGGAGCAUUUGCCAACGAAUUUGGUUACUUUCCCUCUUUGGUGACCUUGAAUCUAAGUGGAAACAAUUUUGUUCGCCUUCCUUCAGGCAUUGGAUUGCUUUCUAAGCUUGAGAACUUUAACUUGGAGAACUGCAGGAGACUUCAAGAGUUGUCAGACCUUCCAUCAAAUAGUAUACUAGAUUUAAGGGCAGAUGGUUGUACUUCACUGAAAUACUUGUUUGAUGCAUCAAAUUUGAACAGAUUAAACAAAUCAUAUUUCAAUUUCAUCAAUUGCUUCAAUCUAAAUGGCAAUCAAGGAUGCAAUAACAUAGCAUUUGAAAUGCUGAAGACAUUCAUGUAUCAGGGAAUCUGUAAUAAGAGGGAAACGUUUCAAAUUGUAAUUCCUGGAAGUAAUAUUCAUGCGUGGUUCAGCCAUCAGAGUGUUGGCUGUUCAUUAAGUGUAUCUCUACCUGUACAUUGGAAUAACAGUCGGUUUUUGGGAUUUGCUUUGUGUGCUGUUUUUGUACUCCGUAAGCACCAUCUGGUGGAUGAGCUUUAUAUAGAUGAAUUCAAGACUUUUAAUGCAACACAUCAUCUUGUAUGUUGCCUGAAGCUCGAUGGAAGAAAAUUGGAAGUAUAUGGCAGACAGCCUGCAUUUCGCUUUAGUGAAGAAUUUUGCCAGGUUGAAUCAGAUCACCAGUGGCUAUUCUAUGUAUCUCGUGAUAAAUACUUUGGUACAGAGUGGUGGCAUAACAGUUGCAGUCAGCUUGAGUUCUUAUUUGAAACAAGAGGGCCGGGUCUGUGGGUGAAGGAGUGUGGAGUCCGUCUGAUAUAUGAGCAAGAAGUGCAAGAGUUGAACCAAACAACCACUCAAUCAAGCAGUAGGAUGUCUCCUUAUGAGGAUAUAUUGAUUGGUUUUGACAUUCCAGUUGCAGGGGAAACCAGUGGCACUGGUAGCAGAACUUGCACGCUUGAAGAAUUGUAGGACUGUCAGAAAUAUAGGGGAUCCAGUGAUCCACCAGUUGCCACUCUGAAAGACCCCAAUUAAGGACUUUCUGAUACCAUGGCUGGAAAUGAGUUGCAGAUCAUGGAUGCACAAUGCCUCCUCUUCUGUCAUUUGAAUUUCUGCAGAAAUUACUUUCUGGAGCUCUCUUGCCUUCAUCUUUUACGGUAAGUCAUGGAGUUCAUAACUUAACAAAUACCAAAAUAUAAAAGGAAAUUUGGCAAUCUGCCAGGGCUUGUCUGCUGCAAGCAAUUUGCUUGGAAACUUUUGCACUGGGCUGAACAUACAUAUAGAGAAAUGCCUAGCUCAUCAUCAGGACCUUCCCAAACCAAAGUUUCUGAUCAUUUUGUCAGCAUGAGAUUUUCUCAUAAUAUGGUUGCCAAAGCCAUCCAAGAACAUGGACUUGAAGAUGCAGAUUCAAUUCUUGAAACCCUCCUCUUAUAUAACGCUCUUGAAAGUAGAGUUCAGGAGUCAGGAGCAACAUUCUCUGCCAGAGCUGCAUUCUCCUCCAGAACAGUGCUCUCCUCAAGAACAGCAACAAAUUGACUCGGAUCUCUUUUCUUCAGAUUAUGAUGGGAGCUUUCUAGAUGGUUUUUCAGAUCUCCAUAGCUCUGAUGAUGAGGUAACCAUCGAUCCUAUGUCUGAGGCGGAGACAAAACUUAUGUCCUUGGUUAAAAUGAGGUACAAUGAAUUGGAGGCUUCAAUGGCAGUAGAAAGGUGUGGUAUAACUUUAUUUCUUUGAGAAUACUCAUGUACAGAUUUAUCUCUAUGCUUAAAUUCUUUUUGACGAUUGUCUUGACAUUCUGUAAACUGCUAUUUACUUGCUUUAAGUAUAUGCGUAUCUUUAGCUUCAAACCAAACUCCAGAAGUGUAACUAGAAAAAUUUCGUUUAGGGUCUAACAAUCUAAUUUCAUCUUCAACGCAUCCAAAAAAUAUAUUGGUUCCUUUCUGGGUAGUCAGGAAUCAGGAUCACAAUCAUGUAACUGGAACUGUAUAGCAGGAGAAUCUCGAGGAACUAGGCUACAAUGGUUUUCAUAGCAUAAAAAAGGCCAGUGAUUUUGGGGCCACAAAACUCCUUCCUAAUAUUAUCUGUUGUUUAGUAGGAAAUCCAACCAGGUUUACUAGUUUCUUUGUCUACCACUUUCUGCUAGUUCAGUCAGUUGUUUAUGAAUGCCGAAGAUGAAGAUGAAAUCCCACCAGAAAGUGUCCGCCUCUAUGUUCUUUAUGAAUGCCGCAAGUGGAAUCUUGUUUGGGUAGGAAAGAAAAGGUGGCCCCACUUGAGCCUGAUGAUGUAGAAAUGCUUUUGGGGUCAAAGGGAAAUUCAUUCCAGGUAGAGUUCUUUUCUUCCAUUUGCAUGAACAUUUCUUUCUUCCUUAUUGUUCAGUUCAUGUACUGAAUGAUCCUGAAUAUUUCAGACAGUUCCAUUUGCUUUGGUUUUGUGUUCUGUUCACAAGCAUGAUCUGUAUUUCAACUUCUCUAUAAUUGAACUUUAUGUUUCAACCUUUCUA